AUGAACUUCACCAACAGCAACCCGCAAAUCAAAAUAGCGGUGAUCGGGGUUGGCCUUAUUGGCCCGAGGCAUUGUGCCACCGUCGCAAAAUCACCAGAUGCUCAGCUUAUUGCCGUUGUUGAUCCGAUGCCACAGGGUGUAAAGCUCGCAGCGAAGUUUGGGAUUACUCCUUAUUCAUCUAUCAAGGACCUCCUCUCCUCUCCACACAAACCUGACGGUGCUAUCGUCUGUACACCAAAUAAUACACAUGCUGCUCUUGCAAUUGAACUCACACUUGGAGGUGUGCACGUUCUGCUUGAGAAACCAGUUGCGGCAGAUCUUGAAGGUGGCCAGAGACUAUUACAGCAUAGCAGACAAACUAAAUUUCAGAUACUGGUCGGCCAUCACCGUCGCUUUAACCCCUACAUUGUUGUUGUCAAAGAAGCUCUCGAAUCAAGGGCACUUGGUCAGAUCAUUGCAAUCAAUGGUCUAUGGACGCUUUUCAAGCCUCCAGAGUACUUCGAAGCUCCUACAGAAUGGAGAAAGUCAAAAUCAGGGGGUGUUGUUCUCAUGAACCUUAUACAUGAGGUUGAUCUCCUUCAGUAUAUGUUCGGCCAGAUUACCCGUAUUCAUGCUGAAAAAGCUCUGUCUACUCGCAAUCACGAGGCUGAAGAGGGUGCUGCAUUGACUCUGCGGUUUGAAUCUGGGGUUGUCGGGAGCUUUCUCAUUGCUGAUAAUCUUCCGUCUCCGCACAAUUUUGAAUCUGGAACCGGGGAGAAUCCCCUUAUUCCCCAAACAGGUGAAAAUUUCUAUACUAUUUUUGGUACUGACUCAUCUUUGAGUGUGCCUAGCAUGAUCCGAUGGUCCUAUGAUGGGGUGGAAAAAUCCUGGCAUGUGCCAUUAAUCCCAAACAAUUUGGAUGUACCUGACGGUGUGCCAUUUGAGCUCCAAUUUUCACAUUUUGUACAAGUUUGCCGAGGAAAUGAGAAUCCCAAAUGUACUGUUGGCGAUGGUUUAUCAGCCCUGAUUGUAUGUGAAGCAGCCAAGAGAGCGAUAUUCUCCGGAGAGACAGUCAAUAUUGCAGAAUUUGCUCAAGCAGUUUAUUCAUAG